CUUCAACACCCCAAUUCCCCCCUCAAUUUGCGACAAAAUGGCCUCACGAACCUCCCCCUUCGAUCUCUCCACAUGCGCGCGCCCCAAUAUCCUCAAAUUGCAACCCUACCGUUGCGCCAGAGAUGACUACAAAGAUGACGGGACGAACAUUCUGCUCGACGCCAACGAGAACGCCUACGGCCCGGGUCUGGCUCUGAACGAGCAGGGUGCGCUACAGGAGUCUACAGUGACGGGGACUUCGACGGGAUCUUCGAAACCAGAAAUUGAUCUCUUGGGUCUGAACCGUUAUCCGGAUCCUCACCAGGUCGAGCUGAAGAAGCUGUUCUGCAAACUGCGCAACACCCACACUCACACCCAGAAGGUCCUCGGACCGGAGAACCUCUUCUGUGGAGUCGGAUCGGACGAGGCCAUCGACGCACUUUUGAGAUGUUUCUGCGCCCCCGGCAAAGAUAAGAUCCUCACGUGUCCGCCUACGUACGGCAUGUACGGGGUGAGCGCGCAGGUGAACGAUAUCGAGAUUGUGAAGGUGCCACUGGACGUGGACAAUGGGUUCCAGCUGCAGCCGGAGAAGAUCAACGAGACGCUCGCGGCGGACCCCUCCAUCAAGAUGGUGUAUAUCUGCUCGCCUGGUAACCCUACCGCGAGCCUGAUCAAGAAGUCCGAUAUCCAGAAGGUGCUGGAGCACCCGACGUGGAACGGCGUGGUGAUCGUGGACGAGGCGUACAUCGACUUUGCUCCGGAGGGUUCGAGUCUCGCGGAAUGGGUCAAUGACUGGCCGAACCUGGUCGUUAUGCAGACGCUGAGCAAGGCCUUUGGUCUGGCCGGUAUCCGUCUGGGCGUUGCUUUCACGAGCCCCCCGAUCGCGACCCUCCUCAACAGCCUCAAGGCACCUUAUAACAUCUCCAGCCCGACCAGCGCGCUCGCCACGGCGGCGCUCUCGCCCACCAACACGGCGGUUAUGAGGAAGUACCGGGACCAGAUCAUCGCGCAGCGCGAGCGGCUGGUGCAGGAGCUGCCUAAGAUCCCGGGUGUCGGCCGGUUCCUCGGCGGUCAAGAGGCCAACUUCCUCCUGGUUGAGCUACUCGAUAAGCCGGCCACGGAGGGCGGGAAGGCCAGCAAUGUGACGGCGCUGGCGACCUACGAGGCCAUGGCGGAGAAGAGAGGCGUCGUGGUGCGGUUCCGCGGUAAGGAGUACGGCUGCGAGGGCUGCCUGCGGAUUACUGUGGGAACGGAGCAGGAGGUGACUCGGUUCUUGCAGGAGCUGCGGGGGGUGCUGCAAGCUAUCCUCGCCGGGGAGGACGUUUAGACCUCCAGGGAUCGAGUCAGUCAGCACACUAGGCUUAUCUCUCUCGCGAGUCUAGACUCGCCUGGACCUUUGAUUUGUACAUUUUCAGCACUGGGUAAUUUAGACUUCCUCCUUAGAACACAGACAAUAAUAAAAGUCGAAAC